CUUUUUCUGUUCCUGUCUUGGCAAUCGUCGUUUGACUGAGCUUGUAUUGUACGGCCACUAAAAUGUCUAACCCAAGAGUAUUUCUUGACAUCAGUGCGGGUAGUACAGCCAUCGGAAGGGUGGAGAUAGAGCUCUUUGCUAACGUUGUCCCAAAGACAGCUGAGAAUUUCCGUGCCCUCUGCACCAUGGAGAAGGGCUAUGGUUACAAAGGUUCUAGUUUCCAUCGUGUCAUCCCAGGCUUCAUGUGUCAGGGUGGAGACUUUACAAACCACAAUGGAACUGGGGGCAAAUCCAUCUAUGGAGAAAAGUUUGCUGAUGAGAACUUCCAGCUGAAGCACACAAAGCCAGGCAUUCUAUCCAUGGCAAAUGCUGGGCCCAACACCAAUGGCUCCCAAUUCUUUAUCUGCACUGCUAAAACUGCUUGGCUGGAUGGAAAGCAUGUUGUCUUCGGUGAAGUAGUGAAGGGGAUGGAUAUCAUCGAGAAGGUCGAGAGCUACGGCUCCAGCAGCGGCAAGACGAAAGCGAAGAUUACAGUCACAAACUCUGGUCAGCUGUGAUGCAGCUCAUGCCAGUAGCUCUGUCCAUCCUGCCGCCAACCUCAACAUUCCUGACCAAGGAGAUGUAACAACCUUUUCCAUUCUGUUCCUUGUCCAAUCUUGCUGCAUUUUUAACUUGUCUAACAGUUUUAGUCAAAAUGUAAAAUAAAGGGGAGCAAUUAUUGAAGAUGG